AAUUCGUUUCUUUGCUUCUUGUUGUCAAGCUUUCGCCUCGCUCGUUCGUUAGCCGAGCGGCUAACAUUAGCCAAGAUGGUGGCAGCAGGCAGCGAUGAGGAAACAUUUUGCUUCAUCUUUUUAGGGCCCGACCAGCGACCGCUGCGAGGUUCUUAUUGUUUUGAAAAAAAUAUAUUCUUAGGAUUUGGCUUAUUAUUAUUAUUAUUAUUAUUACAGUCUUCACAAACAAGGGCAUUUUUGAGGCCCUAAACAUGCACGAAAACUCCUGAAACUUUGCACGCACAUCGGGCUUGACGAAAAAUGUCCUAUUUGAUGGAAGACUGAGAGCAUCGGUGUGAAAGGUUGUUUGUCUCCUUGUGCCCUGCGAUUGGCUGGCGACCAGUCCAGGGUGUAGCCCCCUUCUCCCCCAGAGUCAGCUGGGAUUGGCGCCAGCUCGCCCCAGAGCGACCCUAGUGAUCAUAAGUGGUUCAGAAAAUUGAUGGCUGAUUGGCCUCUGUUGCGCCCCCGAGAAGAAUGCUAAAAGUACAUCAAAGGACUACUCAGUGCUCCGUUGGACCUACGGCUACGAAAAUCGGUUCGCAUGUAAAACGCCUCCAAAUGCACAAAAACGUCAGCACAAGCCAUAUCCUAAACCCAAUAGGAAGUGACCUUUUGGAUAGGAAAUUAGCAAAAUGUUUUCAGCGUUUGUGUCACUUCAAACAUGGUCUGUAACAUCUCAAGCCCUGGGACAUAAAAGUUGCCAACGUACAACACGACGCGGUCGGGCUAGGCUUGGGCAUUGCUUGAAUUUGUGAGAUUCCGAUUCCAAAUGAUUCUCGGUUCCGAUUCUUUUAGGGGGUUCGGUCCAAAAAGUUUGCACGGUUUAAAUUAGUCUUCACACCGAUUUUAUCGGCCUGAUCGGCUUUAAUGUCAUAAUCUGCCGAUUCGAUCGAUGACGUCAUUGAUUGGCUCUGCAAAAGACAUCGUAUACAGACACAUUUGCUCUUUCACGAUUGCACUUUGUCAGACCACUGCAAUAAAAUCCUGUAUUCUUAUACCACCUCAUCCCGUCUUUUACGAUCACUGGGCUUUAUCUCGCCCGGAUACACUCGUUGCCAUGGCCACGACAACAACAGUCGAUCGCGUCUUGUGUAUUAUAAGAGCAAAAUGGGGAAAAACGUGCUGGUGGUCAUCGGUGCUCGGGAGAGGACUUUAAUUCAAGUCUUGCUUGAGGUACGUUCACAUUGCUCCAUCUUGUGAUCGGAUCGGUUAUCAGCGGUUUUUUUGUUUGUUUUUUUUUUAACUCGGUGAUCGGCCCCAAAAAUACCGAUCGUGUAAAGUGUUAAUUUAUAUACACUGUUUGUACCGUUUAUAAAACUACUUAAGAUCUAGAAAUCAUUGUUACAUGGAGAUGUGACGCAGGGUGUGUUGACUGGUGCCAGCAGUGUGCUGGAUGUGCAGCAGGUUAGGGUGAUUAAGGAUAGAGAUGGAAAUGUGUUGACUGGGGCCAGUAGUGUGCUGGAUAGAUGGAAAGAAUACUUUGAGGAGUUGAUGAAUGAGGAAAAUGAGAAGGAAGCGAAGAAUAGGCAAGAAUAGAAGAGGCAAGUGUGGUCGGCCAGCAAGUAGCAAUGAUUAGUAAGGGGUUAGUUAGAAAAGACAUUGAAGAGGAUGAAGAAUGGAAAGGCAGUUGGUCCUGAUGACAUUCCUGUGGAGGUAUGGAAGCAUCUAGGAGAGUUUUUGACCAGCUUGUUCAAUAGAAAUCUACCAGGUGAGAAGAUGCCUGAGGAAGGGACGAAACGUGUUCUGGUGCCCAUUUUUAAGAACAAGGGUUUUGUGCAGAGCUGUGGGAACUCUAGAGGAAUAAAGUGGAUGAGUCACACAAUGAAGUUAUGGGAAAGAGUCGUGGAGGCUAGAAGUGAGUAUUUGCGAGCAACGGUAUGCUGCCGUGCCUAGAAAGAGGACCACAGAUGCAUUAUUUGCCUUGAGGAUGUUGAUGGAAAAGUACAGAGAAGGUCAGAAAGAGCUACAUUGUUUCUUUGUAGAUCUAGAGAAAGCCUAUGACAGAGUACCCAGAGAGGAACUGUGGUACUGCAUGCGCAAGUCUGGAGUGGCAGAGAAGUAUGUUGGAAUAAUACAGGACAUGUACGAGGGCAGCAGGACAGCGGCGAGGUGCGAUAGAGGAGUGUAAGCUAGAGGUGGGAGUGCAUCAGGGAUCAUCCCUGAGCCCCUUCCUGUUUGCAGUGGUGAUGGAUAGGCUGACAGAUGAGGGUAGACUGGAAUCCCCGUGGACCAUGAUUAGGGUUGGGCAUCGAAAACCGAUUGGAACCGGAACUAACGUUCAAAUAAAAAAAUUUCGGUUCCCAGUUUCGAUGCAUGCAGUCCUCCCACCACGAAGAAGAAGUGGCGAAAACCAACGAAGAACGCGCAUGAAAGCGUGCUUGGCGGCGAACAAAAGUGUGUUCAAAUGAAUGACCAGUCGCCUCGGUGCGACGUGUAGCGUCUGACGCGCGGAGCUUCGGUCGAGUCAAUAAAAUACGUCAACGCCAACAUGGAGACGGCUAACGACGUAAACGUUUGGUUGCACUUUUAUGGUUGCGUUUAGUUCAGUCUUCGACGUAAGCACCGAUGACCAAAAAAACCAGAGCUUAACAUUGAGCUCAAAGUUUACCGUAGCAACGUUACAUCACAAUGAAUUGAGACCAAAUUCACAUAAACGUCUCACAGUAUCACAAGGACGGACUAACCUUGUACCUCAUCGGUGAAAAUCGGGAAAGGAAUCCGCGUUUUAGAGUAUUUUGUUGUAUCCAUUUUAAAAAAAAAAUGAAGUUUGAAGUGAGGAAGUCAAGUUCAAACUUUCACAUAGGAAACAUUUGACGUGAUGAAAGAGUCCCAAAUAACUAUUUGAACUAUGCUAUAUUUAACAUUUAGCUGACAAAUGUCAUCAAUGAAUAUGAAGUGAGUUUUAGUUUUAGUUCCUCGGUUUGAUAUUGAUGCGAGCCAAAUGUUCCUUUUCGUCUCCGCAGCGGGCUGCUCGGGAAAUGGAUGUUCAUCAUUUGGACGCCCUUUAUGGAAACCACGCAAACUUUGUGCCACGUAUUUACAAGCUAUGCCGGCGCACGGCAAAAAACAAUCAAAGGGUUCCGCCGAAGCAACUUUUGUUGAACUGAUGCUGUUUGCGGACAUUUUUCAGCAGGAGGCAUUCAUUAUCGCAGAACUCGCGCAAAGGUGGCGAUUCCGUUGCUCCUGAAAUGCCAUCAAAAUCAGGUGUCAAAUCCUGAACGGCAGGCCAUUUUCAGGAAGUCGUCGAAGCGCUAAGCGGUUGUCGGUGCGACCUCCAGUGGACAAAGCGAGCAACAACAGUUGCGCUCAUUGACAAAUGGACUUGUUUAUAUCGCUUCAGUUUUAGCGAUCCAUGAAACGUAAGCCAAAUAAGAGGCGAAGGAAUAAUUGCCGUUGUUUACGUGUCAGCUGGGGUCCGCGGCGGGUCCACCAUGGCAGCGGGGGGUCCGGAGCGCGAGGACGAAACGCUGCGGACGGCCUUCAAGAAGCUGCGAGUGGACGCCGACAGCGCGCUCGCCGCCGUUCCCGAGACGCCUCGAGCGGCGGCGCGGGAUGCCGGCGCGCCCAAGUCCAAACACGGCGGGACCAAGGACAACUGGCACGGCUGCGUGAGGAAAACGUCACGAGGACCGAGUCGAACGCAGCGGCGGCGGCGCUCCAAGUCUCCCAUCCUGCACCCCCCGAGGUUCACCUUCUCCACAAUGCCGCCCCCCGCGGGAGCCCUCCAGCACCACACGGAGCUCGGACCCGCAUCCCCCGCCGGCUUCGGAGCCCCGUGCGCUAGGGCGACGCCCGUCGGGGGGGCACCGCGAGAUCUCCCGGCUGCCGCUUCCCCAUCUGAUCUUCCCGGGAAGGACGAGGAAGGUUCAGGAAGCGUUCGGGAAAGGGACAGCGGCGACUUUGGAGUUUUAUCCCAGCGUCGCGGCGGCGGCCCGUGCACGUGUCCGCCCCCAGACGGCGACACGGAGGGCCGGGACAAAGCGAGCGGCGCGGCGGCCCCGUGCGGCUGCGCGUUCAAAGUAGGCGCUUGGGGCGGCGCGGCGGCGUAUUCGUUCACCGGACUGCGCGACGUCAUCUCGGAGUGCGAGCGGCGCGGCCGGGCCCCGCCCGCCAGGACCGGCGGCGCCGCCCUCUCGCCGGCCUCCCCUCGCUCGUGCUCGUCGCAGGCGCUCGUCUCCGUCGACGACGUCACCAUGGACGACCUGGCGGGAUACAUGGAGUUCUACCUCUACAUCCCCAAGAAGAUGUCGCACAUGGCCGAGAUGAUGUACACGUGAACACGUGACGAUCACGUAUGAAGACAGAAUGAUCACGCGAUGACGUACACGCAGUUUCUUCCUGCUGUUCCUGCUUCAAUAAAGUUCAAUGUUUGAAA